GAGAGAGCUUCAUGGUCUUUCAAAUGUAAUUCAGGGAAUAAAGACAUCCUGCCCAGAGGCAGAACUCGGGAGCUGCUUGCACUCAAGAGUCUCAAGGUCUUUCCCAGUGACAGAGCCAAGGGAAGGGAGGAAGGAGCAGACUGGGACUCAGGUCACUAUUGGGGCAGCUACAAGAGGCAUGCAAUGGAAAUUGGUGGCUUGAUGGGGGGAAGAUUGACUGGGAUCCCAGCUGUGCGAUUUGUUCAUUGUUUGAAUGGACAAAUGGCAGUUUACCCAGGCUAGUAGCAUACCUGCCUGGGUGUCCAAAUGUAACUAGAUGCUUUCACAAACCCCACCCACCCAGCAGCACAUGUUUUUAAGUCUUCAGUUUUCUAUUCACAUCAGCUUCAUAAUACCCACCCUGACCUGCUGUAAAAGACCUGGAACACACAAAAACCAUCACACCUACAGUAAAGAUGCACAUCAUGUCCUCUUCACACCUCUUCUACCUGGCCCUCUGCUUGCUCACCUUCACCAGUUCCGCCACGGCUGGACCAGAGACGCUCUGUGGAGCCGAGCUGGUGGACGCGCUUCAGUUCGUGUGUGGAGACCGGGGCUUUUAUUUCAACAAGCCCACGGGGUACGGCUCCAGCAGUCGGAGGGCACCUCAGACAGGCAUCGUGGAUGAGUGUUGCUUCCGGAGCUGUGAUCUGAGGAGACUAGAGAUGUACUGCGCUCCCCUCAAGCCUGCCAAGUCGGCCCGCUCCGUCCGUGCCCAGCGCCACACUGACAUGCCCAAGACUCAAAAGGAAGUUCAUUUGAAGAAUGCAAGCAGAGGGAGUGCAGGAAACAAGAACUACAGAAUGUAGGAAGAGCCUCCUGAGGAGAGAAGAAGGACUUGCCACCGCAGGAUCCCUUGCUCUGCGCGAGUUACCCGUUACACAUUGAAACACCUACCAAAAAAUAAGUUCAAUCGCAGUUCAAAGACGGGCAUUUCCCCCAAUGAAAUAUACAAGUAAACAUUCCAACAUUGUCUUUAGGAGUGAUUGUUAAAAGAUUUGCACCUUGCAAAAAUGGUCCUGGAGUUGAUAGAUUGCUGUUGAUCCUAUAUCAAUAAUGUUCUAUAGAGAAAAUAUAUAUAUAUAUAUCUUAGUCCCUGCCUCUUAAGAGCCACAGAUGCAUGGGUGUUGUACAGAUCCAGCUGCACUAAAUUCCUUUCUGAAUCUUGGCUGCUGGAGCAUCCAUUCAGCAACCUUGUCUAAGUGGUUUAUGAAUUGUUUUCUUAUUUGCACUUCUUUCUACACAACACAAAAUGUUUGUUUUACAGUGUCUAAUAAUCUUGUCUAUCCCAUCACUCACCCCCUUCGAAUCAUUUACAUUUGUCUAAUUUGGCCUCCUCAAAAGCAGUAGCAAGAAGUCAAAUAGUCCACCAAUUUUCAACCCACAAGAUUCGAUCUGUGGCAUUUGUACCAAAUAUAAAUUGGAUGCAUUUAUUUUAAACAAAUAGCUUUAUUUUUCCACGUCAUGCCACGAAAAAAAUAAUAAUGAUGCAAAUAGUUGCAAUUUUGAGGCCAAUCAUUCUUAGGUGUAUGUUUGAAACAGAAAGUCUCUUAAACUCUCAAUGGUUCCUUCGAAUGAUGAGUUAGCGUGCAACCUGAUUAGUAAUUUUUCUCUUUUUAUUUUUUCCAUGUAGAGCACUAUGUAAAUUUAGCAUAUCAAUAAUACAGGAUAUAUCAAACAGUAUGUAAAACUCUGUUUUUUAGUACAAUGGUGCUAUUUUGUAGUUUGUUAUAUGAAAGAGUCUGGUCAAAACGGUAAAAGGCGAAAGCAAAGCAGAAGGGAUAGCCUGGAGCCAAAGAUGACGAAGGGGAGGGGAACUGGAAAUUCCAUCCAUUCAGGAAAGAGGGCAAAGCCCCCCAAUUAUGCCUCCAAGGAAUUUAACGUGCAAACCACCGAUGCAAAUUUGACUGGUGCAUCCAGAGAGGAAGCCUUGGAAUGGAAAAAGCAAAGGCUAGGAUUUUAACAGACCUGGUUUCUGUUUCUUGCUAAAGAAACAAACUGCCAGCUGUGCCACAGACUCACCACCGUGUGACCUUGGGCAAGUCGCUUCACCUCUCUGUGCCUCAGUUUCCUCAUCUGCAAAAUGGGGGCAAUAUGUCAUCUACCUACCUCAAAGGGGUGGUAUGAGGAUUAAAAAGAUGAAGCUUCAGAUUUUUAUCCUAGGUUGCCAUGAGGGUGCAACAUCAGAGCCCUUGAAUUGCUGGGAUGUAGGGAACUGUACAAACAACCCUUUCAUAACACGGCUAGAGGGUUACUAACCAAAUGUUUGUAUGAAUAUGGAGAUAAGUGAAAAGAGAAAGGAAAAGAGAACAGUGGAGAAACAAAAAGAUUGCUACCAAUGAAAGGAUAAUUAAUCACUAUGUUCAUUAAGUUCUUACUGAUUUUUCCAAGCAGUUGCCAUCUGUCUAGUAGCACCUCUUUAAAUAUGACAAAUAAUAUUUACUCAUUUUGAAAAACACACUUUUCUUUCUUCUUAGAAAAUAUAAGAAAAAUGGCCCAAGAUUUUAAAUAUUGAAAUAAUAUCCACUAAAAUGUCUUUAAUGGACUUUACUGAUGUCCCUGGUUGUAAAUACAUACUUUUUUUUAAUUUUUGUUAAAAUAUGCUGAUUAGAGUUGCUAGUUAAGAGGCAAAAAAAUUUCUUCCUCAACCCUGAAAUUUCCCCUCCGGUCUGCUUAGAAGAGUGACUCCUAAUUUUCUGUGGAUGUCUUAUACAUUCAACUGAACAUUGGUAUUAAGAAAAUCCAGCCAUCACGGUGGCUCACACCUGUAAUCCCAGCGACUCUGGGUGGCCGAGGCAGGAGGAUUGAAAGUUCAAAGCCAGCCUCGGCAAAAGCAAGGCACUAAUCAACUCAGUGAGACCCUGUCUCUAAAUAAAAAAAUACAAAAUAGGGUUGGGGAUGUGGCUCAGUGGUCAAGUAUUCCUGAGUUCAAUCCCAGUACCCAAAAAAAUAAAUAAAUAAAAAAGAAAGAAAAGAAAAUCCAAAAAUCUGAGGACAGGCCCUCCAUGGUAGUAGCCUAGACAAUGCUCCGUGUCUGUGGAUCAGGAUAUUCCUGUCAGAACAAUGAACUACGUAUGCAGCAUUCAGAUCUUUUCAUCUGCCUUAGAUUUUUUGGUGAAAAGUAUACAGGUUUGAUUAUCUCAUGCAAAGUUUUAUCCUUUAUGUUCUUAAGUAUAUAUGAAAAACAAAAAUGACAUCUUUAGGUUUUUGUUUUUGAUUUUUGGUUUUUGUGUUUUGUCCUUUUCUUACUGGGUCUCCUCAUGUUUAAAAAAAAAAAAAAAAAAAAAAAAAAAAAAAAACUUCCCGGAUCUCUGAAAAUAUGCAAAGAAGGUUUUCUUCAGUGUUCAGUCAACAAGCAUCUUAAGUCUCAGUCCACAGAGUCAUUUGAAUCAAGCACCUUGGGUAUGCUGUGAGCAAUGCUGGGAGAUGUAAAAACAGAAGAGGAAAAAAACCCUAGAUCGGUUUUGCCCUCUGCCUGUUUUCCAGACGUGGGGUACUAUGGAAUAGAUGCUGCGCCCAAGCAUCUCCCCAAGAUGGCACUUCUAACUUUUAUUUCUUGAUCCAAGUGUGUACAUUUUAAAAUUGCUGACUCCCAGAAAAACUUUACAGGCAAUCUUCCGCAGAUGUAUGUGUUUCUUGACAUAGUUGGAUAUGAUCAUUCUAAGAGUGACUACACCUUAUUUUAUUCCUUUAAUUCUACAUGCAAAGAUUCCCAAUGAGGAAAGCCUCAAUAUGUGAUACCAUGCCAUUUUUCUAAUGUUGUCCAGUACAUCAUCCACACCAACUGGAUCCUAAAUCAAAAAAUAAAAAUUAAUUAUACUAGCCCACCAUUUUACUUUUGAAUGAAUUAACUCUCAAAGACAAAUAGAUGUCAAUGCUAAAAUUCAACUGAUUACUACCACAGAAUGACCUAGGAUUGACAGGAAGGAAGCACCUAAAACUUCACAGCUCAAAACUUUAUCAGCUUUGCUAUGGAGUUAUACUACUUUAGCACUUAGAAAUGGGGCAAUUUUAAGUUGCUUAUGUUUUAAAAAAUGACAAAUAUUGGUAGACUGAACUUUCAAUGGAUAGGUUUAUUUCCAAUGAAAUUGACAGUAUUCAACACCUAUGUCAAUUUUUGGUUUCUCUUCCCCAAAUUGUAUAAAGAAUUACUUGAAUAUUUCAAGAGGAGGCAAUUCUACUAAACAGGCUAAUGCAUUUCUCCAUCAGAAUUUACUCUUCUAUUUUAAAAGAAAAACUCAACACCCAGCCUGCACACAUACAUGCACACAUGCUCACCCUAAGAGCCCAAUGGAAUAUUGAGGAAAAAAUCACUUUCUUGAAAAUCUUCCUUUAAAAUAAUGAAAACAAAGAAAGCAUGACCUCCCUCGAGAAUCCUUCCCCUCCCUUAGAACAUGGAUGUUUUGUAUAGAUGAAACAUCUCAUGCUCUGUGGCUCCAGGGUUUCUGUUACUACUUUAUGGCUUGCAAGAAUGCUUAGAAUGGAAGAUGUAGUAUAUUUUGCUUUCCCAUUUAUUGUUUGGCCAGCUAUGCCAAUGUGGUGCUAUUGUUUCUUUAAGAAAGUACUUGACUAAAAAAAAAAAAAAGAAAAAAAAGAAAAAAAAAAGAAAGCAUAGACAUAUUUUUUUAAAGUAU